UUGCCGAAAAUAUGUGUUUGUUUUUGCUCAUAAGACUCGGUAUUUUAAAGAUUUCAGGGAGUAGAACAAGUUUGAUAAGAUUGAACUGUUCUCUCCUUUCUUCCAAACAUGGCUUCUUUUGCAAUUGAUGAAUUUGUUGGGAAUGGAAUCCUCAAAGAACUGCUUCCAAAGCUUUUGGAAGAAGGCUGGGAUGACGUGCCGACGUUGAAGAUCAUGAGCUUAGAAGAUAUGGACGCAAUAAGCAUGACACAACAGGAGAAGGAUGCACUAGAAAUCAGGACAUAUCUACACGAUCGUUCUCUGAUGCAAUAUGCAGAUAAGCUUGAGUUAUCCAGGACAUGUCUUCCAGAGCUUCUUAGUUUAAGUACAUCAGAUCUUUUUUCCCAGUUCGGUAUGAAGAGAGGACAUAUCGCCCGUUUCAUGGAUAAAACUGGUCCAUGUACUGAUCCUAAAACCCGAUCACACGCACUCCCUCCAACAAGAACAAACAGCACAGCCUCUAGAAACAACAGCAUGAAGAGUCUUGUGCAGGUCAAUUCUCAAAAGCUGAGAAGUUUAACCAGACCAAUGGCUCGAAACAGCAGUAAACAACUAGAACAAUCUUUGGCUGAUUUCAAGAUUGGAGAUGGAUACACCUUCAAAGGGAUUGUUGCUGCUGGGCCAGCUCAGAGUAGAGCAUGUGGUUGUGUGAAACCUCCUCCUGUUGUUGAACAAGUGGCUCCUUACUCUACUAUUGAAAACAUCUCAGUGCAAAAGUUGACUCCAGAAUACAAGAUUGGGAUGGAGCGUUUAGUGAAAGCAAAGUCACCUCCGAUGAAGGCAUCGGAAUUGUGGAGAGAUAAACCAGCUGUUCUCCUCUGCAUUAGACGUCCAGGGUGCAUCAUGUGUAGAGCUGAAGCUCACCAACUAUAUGCCAAAAAACCCUUAUUCGACGCACUGGGAGUUCAACUAUAUGCGGUUCUUCAUGAGUACAUAGAGUCAGAGGUAAAAGACUUCUGGCCCCGCUACUGGGGUGGUGUUGUAGUCCAUGAUCGGAAUAUGGAAUUCUUCAAAGCUCUUGGUGGGGGGGAACUGCUCAAAGACAAGUUCAUAUCAGGUUUUAUUUUCAACCCCCGAGCCAUAACAAAUUACAGGCGUGCAAAGGCUAUGGGGAUAAAGCAAAACUUCAAAGGAGAAGGUGAAAUCAAAGGUGGACUCUUCAUAGUAGGGGGUGGAAGGAGCGGUAUUGCAUACCAGUUCAUUGAGAGGAAUUUUGGUGAUUGGGCACCUUCGGCUGAAAUCAUAGAAAUCUGUACUCAGCUGCAGAAUCCUCAUCAAGGUCAAGGGAGCUCGAACAAAUCAUCAUAGCAAUAAACUUGAAGUUAAUUGUUUACAUUCCAAGAACUUUUCACUCAGAUUCACAAAGCUUAAGCUUCAAUAGACUAAUCAGCUUGAUUUGAGAACAUUUUAGAAUUAUUUAGAUGUGUUUUCCUCCCUCUUCCUUUAUUCUCUUAUGUUCUCUCAGACUGGAUAUUCUUUAUUUUUAAUGUAAUUUCUCCUUUUUUUGUAAAAACAAA